AUGUCCAAAUACUACGUCUACCAACGCGCCCCGACCGCUCAAUACCCCUUCCUUCACUAUCACUACGUUCGCACCACCAUGCCGAAGGUCCACCUUCCGAAUAUCCAUCACGAGCGCCCGCUCUAUAUCUACGACGAUGUGACUAAGGCGUAUACGCCUAUCACUGGUUUCGUCGUUGAGGGAUUCUCACAGAUGUAUUAACCAGCUCGCCUAUCCGGUGCCAUAAAACAGUAGAAUGAAAAAAACGUUUACUUUUUAGGCAGAUCAUAAGCAGUGGAGGUGUUUUUCUUUCUAUUGAUGUGGGGGGGGCAUGGUAUUUCAGGUUUUCAACAAAAAAAAAAAAAAAAAACGGUAUGAGAAAAUAAAAACAAAAACAAAGAGAGAGAGAGAUAUGCAAAAGUGUCAAAAUGGAGGGUAUUCUCUGUCAACUUGAUAUCUUCUAGAUGGAAGCGAUGGGAAGGAAGGGAUGGAAAAUGCGUUGACCGGUAGUGCUCGGAUUACUCGGUUGUCAAUUUUUUUGUUUUGCUUCAUUUGCCUUCCCAGUUCUGUUAAUGCGCUUUUCAUGUAUAGGUUUACCUUUGCUUUGAAAUAGGGAAAAAAUUUCAAAGU